AAUUUCGAGAGUAAGUUAAGAAAUCUGCAGAACACAAAAUGCCUGCUGGACAUGGUCUCCGUUCAAGAACCAGAGAUCUCUUCUCUCGUCCAUUCAGGAAGAAGGGCUACAUCGCUCUUACUACUUACCUGAGAACAUUCAAGAUUGGUGAUUAUGUUGAUAUCAAAGUUAAUGGUGCUAUUCACAAGGGUAUGCCUCAUAAGUUCUACCAUGGACGUACUGGUAUCGUCUGGAAUGUUACCAAGCGUGCUAUUGGUGUUGAAAUCAACAAACAGGUUCGUGGUAACAUCUUAAAGAAAAGGAUCCAUGUAAGGAUUGAACAUGUUCAGCCAUCAAGGUGCAGAGAAGAGUUCAAGCUUAGGAAGGUUCAGAAUGACAAGUUGAAGGCUGAGGCUAAAGCUAGAGGUGAAAAGAUUAGCACCAAGAGACAACCCGAGGGCCCUAAACCUGGUUUCAUGGUUGAAGGAGCAACACUAGAAACUGUUACUCCCAUUCCAUAUGAUGUUGUCAAUGAUCUUAAAGGUGGGUAUUAGAAACAGUUUUGUUGUUUUUCGCUUGUGGUGGAGGCUAUGUUGGUCGAGAAACAAAAACUGCAGUUUAGACUUUCAGUAAGAGAGAUGGAGGUAAUUAAACAGAUUUUGGUAUGUGUAGGAUGUUUUAGAGAUUGGUAUUUCAUCUUGGUUUCCCUUGUUAACUACUAGUUUCUAUAUUUUGUGUCAUCUAAAAUCAUAGACUUGUUCUGCCAAUCAAAUAUUUUGUUCUCUCUGGAGCUGCAUUCCAAAAUUUAGUCUCGCAUUGUAUGUGUUCAUGAUUUUCAUAAGAGUUUUCAGAAUGGUUGGUUAUCUUGUUGAAA